AUGAACAGUUGGAAAGAAUACGUGUUAGUGUACCGACCUUUCUACAUUUGCAGAUGUCAAUCUCUAAGACGUUCCAUCUUUGAAACAGGUUCCCUUCUUGAUCUGCUUUGUUGUCCUGAGACCGUCAAUAUUGUGCUCCCAUCAAAAACGAACCGUGUCAUCUCCAAGAAAUCUCUCGACGAUAAACCUGAUGACACCCCAAAACCUGGUCCCGGAUCAUUGUAUACACGGUGGGGCAGAACAAGUUGUUCUCCUUAUUCAAGCCUUGUAUAUGACGGUGUGGUUGGUGGACAAUUCUUUGACCACACAGGUGGUGGAAGUAAUCUCUUGUGUUUACCUAACGAUCCCAUUUGGGCCAAUUAUACAACAGAAGUUGAAAAAGGUGGUUACAUUUAUGGCAGUGAAUAUGAAAUAUCCCACUACUCAAAUAAACUCUUUUCUUUUGCUAACGCUGAAUCAAUUCAUGAUCACAACGUUCCGUGCGCUGUCUGUUUGACACGACAACCUGCUGUUGUUAUGAUGUUACCAGCCAGGACAAAGUGUUACGCUGGUUGGACAGCUGAGUAUUCGGGAUAUUUGAUGGCCGAACAUUAUAAUAGUAAGGGCAGACAUGAAUAUGUGUGUGUGGAUUAUGCACCAGAAGCUGAUCCAGCUGGUUACAGAGACGAUGAUGGAGCUCUAUUAUAUUUCGUUGAGGCUGCUUGUGGUUCAUUGCCAUGUCCACCGUAUGUCAAUGGUCGAGAAUUAACCUGCGUUAAAUAUCACAAAAUGUUCAAUUUAAGCUCUCUGAGAAUGUGGAAUUUACACGAUCAAAACCUCAAAAGACAGUAUAAAUGA